AUGAGCUCGAGAGACCGGGAGAGAAAAGCAAAGAAAUAUAGGAAUAUUCAAACACAAUCAAAACAAGAACGAUAUACCUCUUCUCCUGAAGACGAGGGCUACCAGCACAUGCCUUUCCUAUACAACUCGGCCGGCAAGAAAACCCGCCGCCGAUCAGGGGCCUACCCAGCCCGCCAGCAUCCUAGAGCCUGCACACUUGACUGGGCCACUGCCCUAGAGCUACUGAGUCGUCCCCAGCCACCGGACGAGAGCCCGCCAUGCAGCACAGACGCGAUGGGUUGGCGAUCCCAGAAGCCUCCAACACACGGCCACAAAUACACCAGAGAUAUAGGGGACAUGCUACAAUCUCCAACGGCCAAACGAGCACCGGCGCACCCGGAACAGGAGGAGAGUUCCACGCGCUCGCCAUCCCCGGCGGUAGCGGGGACAGAGCCAGCAACACACAUGGUACCCCCAGCAACAGCCCCUGAAGGGGACACACGGAACCUUGCCACCAGAGACGAUAUCCGCAACAUCAUGCUAGAAAUGAAGCAGAUGUACACAGCAGAGGUAAACCUGCUACACACCGAAAUGCAGGCGGUAACAGCUAGAGUGCAGGCCUCUGAGGAGGACAUUAAUGACACCAGGCUGGAGGUUCAAGGCAUCAGGGACACCAUGCUCCAGCUAUAA